AUGCCGCGCGCCGUUCGAGGUCUUCUUAUCCAAUGCGAUCCUUCGAUCAAAGCCAUGAUUCUGAAAUACGAUGAGGAGCGACAUGACUACAUUGUGGAGGAUCUGGAUGAUGACAACCAUCUGGUUAUUAAAGAGAGUCAGCUUGAAAACUUGAAGGCUCGCCUGGACCGUGAUCUUGAUGAGAAGAUGCUGCUGCUUGAUUUAUCCGAGUCUGAGUAA